AUGACACCCAUCGAUCCACAACCACUUUUUUCUUUAUCAUUGCCUGCAAAGGACAAAUUCAAACUUGCCAUUGGUAAUGCUGCCAAUGGUUUUUCAAAACGUCAAUCCGAUCAUGCGGUAAUGGUAUUGGAGGGUAAUUGUCGAGUGAGCACUGCGGAGAAUGACCGUUAUCAGCUGUCAAGACAGGAUGCCUCUGUCAGUCGUGUUCGACGGAAUCCUUUGGGAAGGUUGUUCAUUUUUUCUAAAUCUUCAAUAUUCCGCUAG